AUGUCGCAGGAGCAGGUUGAGAUCGGAGAAGCCCGUGAGCAAGCAACGGACCCGAGAGGUCCUCCCGGGCAGAACAUACCCAUGCCCUACCGAGCCACACUACCUCAUCUCGAGCCUAACACCAUAUCGUCCGACUCGGCGGACGACUCACUUAGGGCCCAACUGUCCCGUGUCAACCAACGCUUGGACGUGUUCCAGAGCGAGUUUCAAAAAUCGCGAAGCAAGUCUAGCGAAGGUGGCUCGGGCAGGUCCCCUUUCACUCAGGAAGUACAGGACAAGCCAGUACCCCUCAACUUCAGGUUGUCGACAUUAGAGACAUACGACGGUGGCUCCGAUCCCACGGAGCAUGUCUCUACAUUCCGAGCCCAGAUGGCCCUCUAUGGCACCUCCGAUGCAUUGAUGUGCCGAGCAUUUCCAACCACUUUGAGGGGGUCAGCACGAACAUGGUUCAGCCGGCUACGCCAAUCCUCAGUCUCAUCCUUCGAUCAACUUGUCGAGGAGUAUGAGCAAAACUUCCUCGCCAGCGCGCGACCUAGGCCUUCCAUGAUCACCCUGCUCGCGCUAUCCCAGCGCAAAGACGAGUCGCUCUCUCAGUUCGUAGCACAUUUUGCCACCGAGAUCCAGGGGUUUUCAGACGCUCACCCCUCUCUAAUCUUGCAGGCCUUUCUAAUGGGUUUGACGCCUUCGAGGUUCUUUUGGUCCCUGAUCGAGAAGCCGCUAGCGACCAUCUCCGAAAUGCUCCAACGCACCAACCAGUACGUCGCCGCUGAGGCACUGGUGGCGGUGAGGCAUGUGGAAGGCAAGAGGCCAAGGGCGGAACUGUCCCGGGGAACAACCUCAGUAGCCCUAGCGACACCCCGCUGCGGGCUCGGCCGACAAGAGCUACCGCUCCUGAGGCCCCCGCCUCUCCCCCUAAAUACAUCCCGCACUGAGAUUUUUCUCCAAAUCAAGGAGACGGGUCUCUUGCAACAACCUCGCCCUAUGAAGGCCACUUACAAAGAUCGGUCUAAAUAUUGUAGGUUCCAUCAGGACUACGGUCAUGACAUGGAGGACUGCCAUGACAUCCAGAAUCAAAUAGAGGCACUGAUCCAGAGAGGUCACCUCGAAUGCUACCUCAAAUCCCCAAAGGCGACUCCACGCCCCAGGGGACCCGUUGAGAGACAAAUUGACGUCAUCUCUGAGGGACCAGCGGCUGGCGGUAGCAGCUCUGCGGUGAGAAAGGCCUACGCCCGCAGCACGACCGAGAAACAUCCCCGGCCUGAACUUAAGCCUGAAAUCUCCUUCGGGGCCGGGGAGGCCGAGCGCUACCACCAUGACGAUGCUCUGGUGAUCUCCAUCCAGAUCGCCAACGCCCGAGUUAAGAGGGUGAUGGUUGACACUGGGAGCUCCGUCGAUGUUCUUUACUUCGACGCCUUCUAG